AUGUCGUUAUCCAACCGGCUGUUGUGCAGAUAUUUUUCCUCCUCCAAGAAUUCCACAAAGAAUACAAGAACGAAAUGGAAAAGCGUCAUUGGACUGGAGGUGCAUGCACAGCUGAACACCAAAUCCAAACUAUUUUCCGGUGCCCGUGCCACCUUUGGGGCUGCCCCAAACUCGUGUGUUGCAUUGUUUGAUGCUUCCAUUCCCGGUACAUUGCCCGUUCUGAACAAAAAUGCCGUCGAGCUUGGUGUAAGGACAGCACUAGCGCUAGGAUGCAACGUAAGCGCAGUAUCGAUGUUUGACCGUAAACACUACUUUUACGCCGAUCUUCCGACCGGUUACCAGAUCACACAGCAGAGAGCACCGUUAGCGCGCGGUGGUGCAAUAUCGUUUCCGGUGUUCGUUCCGGGUGUUACCAAGGCGCCGUACUACAAAACGGCUAGACUGCAUCAGCUACAACUGGAGCAGGACAGUGGCAAAUCACUGCACGAUCCUGUUGAGCGGAAAAGUUUGGUUGAUUUGAAUCGUGCCGGAAUACCGCUGAUGGAGUUGGUGUUUGAGCCCGAUUUAGAAACGGGUGAAGAGGCGGCAGCAUUGGUGAAGGAGUUGAUGCUGAUCCUGACACGGUUGCAAAGCUGCACGUGCCGAAUGGAAGACGGUGCCCUGCGUGUAGAUGCAAACAUAUCAGUGCAUUUAGAAAAUACACCUUUCGGCACACGAACGGAAGUGAAAAACAUCGGCUCGGUACGUGCUGUUGCCCAGGCCGUGGAUUACGAAAUACAACGGCAAAUUGAUGUACUAGAUAACGGUGGAACAAUACACAACGAAACACGGGCCUGGGAUUCAGCUGCCAGGAGCACGAUAGCGAUGCGAGACAAAGAGGUGGUGCAGGACUAUCGGUUCAUGCCGGAACCGAAUCUACCUCCAUUACAUUUGAAGCUGCAGGAAGCUGAAAGAGCCGACGGGGAGGGCCAGGAAUCAGAUGUGAUAGAUGUUCCGAAGUUAGGACAAACCAUUCCCGAAUUGCCAGAGCAAACACGCCAAAGAAUUAUCGAAAUGCAUCAGCUAACAAACACGAUUGCAAUAACGCUGGUGAAUGACAUCCCGCUUUACGAACACUUCCGCUCUAUUGCCGAAGGAUCAAACGAGAAAGAGCAGGAUAGUCGCCGUCCUGCGAAGCUGGUAGCUAAUUUUCUGAUCAAUGAGCUGCUUACGAUUUUAAACCGUAAUAAGCUUGCUACGGAAGACUGUCACGUAACGUCCGCCCAGCUCGGAACCAUCGUAGAUAUGCUGCACGACAGUCAACUGAACGUACAGUACGCUCGUCGUGUGCUACAAGAACUGCUGGAAGCAUCGUCUACCGAACGUGUGAAGCUAUGUCCGCGGGAAAUUGUUACCAGAAAUGGUUGGUUGUUGAUAACGGAUGAGGCACAAAUUAGACGCUACUGUGAGGAGGUAAUUAAAAGCAAUCCAAAGCUGGUUGAAAAGUAUCGUAAAGGAAAGGAGAAAAAGUUGUACGCGCUGGCGGGUGAGAUGGCAAAGGCAAGCGAGGAAAAGAUUGAUAUGGCGCGAGCAGUGGAAUUGUUGAAGAAAAUGUUGCAACAAGUGACGUAAAGAACGGU